GCAAGAUUGAAGUUGGCCAAGAAGGAAGCGCGAUCGCGCAUUCGACAGUUCGAGGACCAACGACAAAAUCGAGACAUCGACGUUCGCACUCCACAGAGAUCAACAGAGAUUGCCGAGAGAGAUUCAGGCGUAUUCGUUUUCGAGGACAUGAAGACCGUUACCAGCAACGCAGAAACAGUCGCCAAAAUCGUGUCCAAGUGGAGGGCAAGAGCUCGCUGGUCGAAAGCAUUCAGCAAAGAGUAUGAGCUCAGGAAGCUCGCACAUCUCUCCUUCGGGGCACCUUACGCGGAUGCAACCCGACUUGUUAUGUCCAGGCACUCCAACGAGGACUCGCGCAUCUUCCACAAGCUCGUUGAUGAGCCCCCGGAAUUCGGACACCUCUCUCUUGAAGCACCACUCGAAUGA